ACGUGCGGACCGCGGGACCGCGCGCGCUCGAGUAGUGCGUCGCCCCGUGAAAAAGUUGGACGUCGUCGUCGCUCUCCGUCUCGGUCGGCACCGAACGGACAAUUCAAAAGGGUGUGCGUGCGCGUGGUCGAAUAUAAUAAAUCGCAACGAGGGAGAGUCAGGGAGAGAGCGAAGAGACGGUGGUGAAGAAGGGGAGUUUCGCGUCGACCGGAGAAGCGACAUCGGAAGAUACAGAAAACCCUCGUUACAUAUACAUAUAUAUACACACAUAGAUAUAUAUAUAUAUAUACACCCCAUCGUCGUCCUCGACGUUUUCUUCCUCCUCGUCGUCGUCAUCAUAAUCAUCAUCAUCAUCUUCGUCGUCUGAAUGGUCGCGGAAAUGGCAGUCGGCGCGCAGAUCGACACGUCCGAGCGGGACCCCGGCAACUCGACGAUCCCCUUAUUGAACGGCGACCAGAAACACGAGGCCGUAAAGACGACCGAGGUGAAACAGGAAGCAGAGGAGAGUGGAAGCACGAGUUCUACUACUGAAAAUGUUGUCGAAAAGGGAGAAGUCGAGGCAACGAAGGAAAGCGAGAAGGAAAAGGACAAUAAGAAUAAUGACGGGAACGAGAAGGAAACGGAUGUCGCUGAUAAGGAGAAAGAUCCCGCAAAUGAGCAGGAGGUCGUCUUCAUUCAGGACAUGGGCUUUACCGUCAAGAUUGUUAGCCCGGGUUCUGAACCUUUCGAUAUACAAGUCUCCAGUAUGGAACUUGUGCAGGAAAUCCAUCAGCUACUCAUGGAUCGCGAAGACACGUGUCACCGCACAUGCUUUUCACUGCAGUUGGAUGGCAACACAUUGGAUAAUUUCGCCGAGUUGAAGAAUAUCGAGGGCUUGAAGGACGGUUCGAUCAUCAAGGUAGUAGAAGAGCCGUAUACGAUGCGGGAGGCGCGCAUACACGUACGACACGUGCGCGAUCUCCUCAAGUCCGUAGAUCCUGCGGAUGCAUACAACGGCGUCGAGUGCAGCAGUCUGUCCUUUCUCAAUGCCGUUACGAACGGCGAUAUUUUAGAGAAAAAGAAGACCCGAGCGGAUUCGGUCGAUUGCACGCCGCCUGAUUACAUCAUACCUGGAUGUAAGGACAGGCCCUUGUUACCUCUCCAGCCGCAGAUGAAGGAGCAAAAGUGCCCGCCGUGUCUAAAGGUUUUAACAACGUCAGGAUGGAAUCCACCGCCCGGCCACAGAAAGCUUCAUGGCGAUCUGAUAUAUUUGCAUGUAGUGACAUUGGAAGAUAAACAGUAUUAUUUGACUGCAUGCGCUAGAGGUUUCUUUGUUAAUCAAUCGACCAAAGAAGUGUUCAAUCCUAAACCGGCCACGCCUAGUCACUUAUGUCACAGCUUGAUCGAGCUGCUCAAUCAACUUAGUCCGGCCUUUAAACGAGGAUUCGCCGCUAUGCAACGACGCAGGACUCAAAGGCAUCCUUUCGAACGAGUGGCGACACCUUAUCAAUUGUAUGCUUGGAGUGCACCGCCAAUCGAGCACACCAUCGACGCUAUUCGUGCGGAAGAUACUUUCUCCUCCAAGUUGGGAUAUGAAGAACAUAUCCCGGGUCAAACUCGCGAUUGGAACGAAGAAUUGCAAACUACAAGGGAAUUACCACGUAAAAACCUUCCUGAAAGAUUAUUACGGGAACGGGCCAUUUUCAAGGUUCACAGCGAUUUUGUGGCCGCUGCGACUCGCGGAGCGAUGGCGGUGAUAGAUGGCAAUGUAAUGGCUAUUAAUCCCGGCGAGGAAGCUAAAAUGCAGAUGUUUAUCUGGAAUAACAUUUUCUUUUCGCUCGGCUUUGACGUGCGGGAUCAUUACAAAGAGUUGGGCGGCGACGCCGCAGCUUUUGUCGCGCCCCGUAACGAUCUACAAGGUGUCCGGGUAUAUGCUGCCGUGGAUUUGCCCGGCCUUUAUACUCUUGGCACCGUUGUCAUCGAUUAUAGAGGCUAUCGCGUCACUGCACAAUCUAUCAUACCUGGUAUACUGGAACGUGAGCAAGAACAAUCGGUAGUCUAUGGAUCCAUCGACUUUGGCAAGACAGUUCUCACACAUCCUAAGUACCUUGAAUUGCUGAAUAAAGCUGGUCAACAGCUAAAGAUCCUUCCUCAUAAAGUAAUCAAUGAUGCCGGUGAGGAAAUCGAACUUUGCAGCAGUGUGGAGUGCAAGGGUAUUAUUGGUAACGAUUCGCGGCAUUAUGUGCUAGAUCUGUUGAGAACUUUUCCGCCCGAUGUGAAUUUCUUGAAAUUGGAAGGUGUGGAGCUAAGCAAGGAAGCGCGAGCCUUGGGCUUUCCGGUAGAGCAUAAACACAGAUUAGCCUGUCUACGUCAGGAGCUUAUAGAUUCGUUUGUUGAGGCUAGAUACGUUCAGUUCAUCAAACACGCAGCUGUCCAUCUCCAACAACUCACAUCAGCUAGAAGAUCUCAAAAAGAAAAAGAGACAACUACCAAAGAGGAUAAAAAGGAGGAUUCCAGUGCCAUUGUAGCAGUGGAUAGUAACAAGGAAGAUUGCGCCUCAUCGUUGAUAGAAGCCGAUGAAGCCAAGAAGAUCGUCGAGAGCAUCACCGACUCGAUCACAGGCGGUGAGAAACAGGAACUGGAGGAAAGUACCAAGGAGAUAGUGCGAAGAGCCGCGGCGGCGGUAGGCAGUCUACGAGACGCCGAAUUUGACGUGAGAUUCAAUCCGGAUGUGUUCUCGCCCGGCGUUAAACAUCCGGAUUUCAAUGGCGUCGACCUGAAGAAACAGAAGCAACUGGUAAAAGACGCCGCGGAUUUCUUACUUACUGUGCAGCUACCGACGUUCAUACGAGAGUGCUUAGACCACACAGCAGCUGCGAUGGAUGGCAGCACGUUGGUGGAGGCUCUCCACGGUAGAGGCAUCAAUGUUCGUUAUCUCGGUAAAUUGGCAGCUAUGUUAGCCGCAGUGCCCCAGCUGCAAUAUCUUAAUCGCAUCGCUGUAUCCGAACUGAUUCUUCGAUCGGCCAAACACAUUUUCACCUCUUAUAUGCAGGGUACAGAAUUGAUGGGUCUGUCCGCAGCCGUCAGCCACUUCUUGAAUUGUUUGCUGUCUUCGGCACAAAUUAUACACCCGCAACAAAAUCUGGAAGAGCUUCAGAGCAAAACUGCAAAACGUCGCAAUAAACGUAAAGGUAGGAAUAACGGACCGCAACAAUCAGAAGUAGAAUGGGCAUCAUUAACGCCUAAAUCAUUGUGGCAGCAAAUUAAAGGUGAUUUGAAGGCCUAUUAUGACUGGGAAACACCAAGUCCGGAGUCUUUGGACGCCACGAUAGAGCAUUUUCAUUUGCAAAAGAUUUCACUGCUGCGUGGCUUCUGCAUCAAGACCGGAAUUCAGAUAUUGCUGCGCGAAUACAACUUUGAAAAUAAGAAUCGGGCGUCGUUUUUCGAGGAUGAUAUACUAAAUAUUUUUCCCGUCGUCAAGCAUAUCAAUCCUAGAGCUAGCGAUGCGUACAAUUUUUACACAACUGGCCAAAACAAGAUUCAGCAAGGAUACUUAAAAGACGGAUAUGAAUUAAUUAGCGAGGCACUGAAUUUAUUGAAUAAUGUUUAUGGCGCGAUGCAUCCUGAGAUCGCACAAUGUCUCAGAAUGCUGGCGAGACUGAAUUACAUAAUGGGCGAUCACGCAGAGGCACUCGCUACUCAGCAAAAAGCAGUUCUUAUGUCGGAGAGAGUCAACGGCAUUGAUCAUCCUUAUACUAUCACAGAAUAUAUACAUCUCGCCUUAUAUUCUUUUGCCAAUGGUCAAGUAUCUGUAUCAUUAAGAUUAUUGUACAGAGCACGGUAUUUGGCUUUAUUAGUCUGCGGCGAAGAUCAUCCAGAAGUGGCCUUGCUCGAUAGCAAUAUCUCAUUGAUCUUACAUGCGGUCGGCGAAUAUGAGUUGUCACUGCGUUUUCUGGAACAUGCGUUAGCUCUUAAUUUACGUUAUCAUGGUCCGCGUUCGCUCAAGGUUGCAGUGUCAUAUCAUCUGGUAGCGCGUACGCAGUCGUGUAUGGGCGAUUUCCGAGCAGCACUGAAUAAUGAAAAAGAGACGUACGCAAUCUACAAACAACAGCUGGGCGAGGAGCAUGAGAAGACGAAAGAAAGCAGCGAUUGUUUACGUCACUUGACCCAGCAGGCGGUCGUGUUGCAAAAGAAAAUGAACGAGAUCUACACUGGCAAGUCUGGCGUGAGCUUGCCGCCGAUUCAGGUGCAACCGCCCAGCAUGGGCUCGGUACUAGAUAUGCUCAAUGUCAUCAACGGUAUUCUCUUCGUACAAAUUAGUCAGCAAGAUAUCGAUAAUUUCAAGGCGGAAAUCGAAAAACGGCAGAAGGAACAAUCGCAGUUGGAUGGCAUUGAGACUGUCAAAAUCGAAAAAGACAUAAAAAAAGAUGACAAGGAGAUCAAGAAAGUAUCCACGACAGUGGAGAAGAAAAUCGAGAAUGUCGAACAAAAGGCGGAAACAAAAAAAUUAGAAACUAGCAAAGAUGCCACCUUAGAGCCAGUUGUGGCAGCGGAGAGCUGAGCUCUUCACUUGUUGACGAUGAAUACCGGUAGUCUUUCCUUUCUUUUUUUCUGAGCCGUAGUCUCUUCUCGUGAAAACUAUUUCGCGCGAGAAUUGUCGUGUGCAUGGUAUUAUAUAUAUAUAUAUAAUGUAUAUAUAUGUAUUUUAUAUAUAUACAUAUAUACAUAUAAUACAUAUCACAUACUUGAUACUUGCACUGUUUUGUUAUAUCGUCUGAAUAUAAUUGAAGACUCUCGAAAAAGAAACGAGAUGCAAAAUAAUAUCGUUGUCAUAGUGUGUUUGCGAAAAAAAGAAAGAAUAAUACGUAACACAUUCGCGCGAAAGAUUGAAUUUUCACGCGAAAAACGCGCACACUUAUUUGUUAUACCAAAUGUAUAUAACAAGGAGAUAAGUGCCAUGUCGCUUAAAAAGCAAUCUUCGAUGCGAGCGUUUUAAAUGUAAGAGGUACUGUGUCCUCUUCGCAUCACGAAAUCAAAGUGAGCAAGCAAUGUGAUUUCUUCACUUGUACGCAUAUAUUUUUUCUUUUUUAAGGACCAGCUGUUAUUUCGUCAAAACAAUUUAAUAGCGUUGGAAAAUCGAUCGAAUUCGUAGUAACUUCUGAAAAUCGCCUUUUUUCCCUCUAUUAUGUAUAUCAUGUAUUUUAUUAGACUUUUUUGUGAGAUCGCCAUAUGCUGUUUUGGCCUUUGUCGUUACUAGUCGCCAUCAAUAAAAGAAAGCACCAUAAUAUACCUAAAUCCACCAUCAUUUAUUACAGCAGUCGCAUGAAAGAGCUUCCUCU